AUGCCCAAACCAUCACGUCGUGUAAUAGGCAAACCGAGUGCUUUAACAUUCAAUGAUCUUCAUGGUAAAGGAAUUAUACUUUCAAAUAACAAUCGACAAGCAACACGAACAUCAGGUUUCGGUGAUGCAAUUGUAUUUAGUUCACGAACAAUACGUACAUAUGAAAAAGUUUUUUUAAAACAUCGUCAAAAACAAGUUGAUUGGAUCGGUAGUCUUCGUGUUGGAUUUUGUAUGCAUGAUCCUAAAACACAAUUUACUCAAGAUACAUUACCAAGUUUAGCUUUCAAACAUCUAACAGAUAAAGCUGGAUAUUGGUUACGAGCUUGUUCUGAUGAACUUUUACGAACUGCAUCUAUUAUUUAUGUGUAUUAUUCUUUCGAUGGUCAAAUCUAUGUUGGUGGUUAUGGUCAAACAGCACCUGCUCAAGCCGUUUUAACUAUAAAUGAACAUUGUGGUUCGUAUUUUUUAUUUUGUGAAGUUUAUGGUAAAACAGAUCAAAUUGAAAUUAUUGAUGAAAAUACAUUACCAGAUCAAACAUUAGUUAAUGAAGGUUUAUCAUUAUUAAUCCAUGGUAAUGUUAUUGAUUCAGUUAAAACAAAAUUAACAACCAAUACAUAUCUUUCUCAACUACAAUAUUUCAAUUAUUUAUUUCCAUUAAAUCCUCCACAUACAUUAACAUUUCUACCAACAACAAAACAUAAUGUUAUAUUUACAAAUAAUAAUCGAAUUGUAUGUGUUAAUAAUCUACGAAUAAAAUCAAGUUAUGUUUUUAUUAAUACACCAAUGAAAGUUGGUGAUGUUUUAAUAUGUAAAGUAUUAGAUUGUGAUGCAAAUAUAUCUUCAAUAAUUCUUUUUGGUUUAACAACAUAUAAUCCAACAUCAUUACAAAAUCAAAAUUUACCUGAAGAUACAACAACACUUGUACAACAAUAUUCAAUAGGAAAAUGGUUUCUUGAUAAUGAUAUUAAUAUAAAUAUUUCAAUGUAUGAUGAAUUAGCAUUUUGGUUUGAUGCAAAUUGUCAAAUAUAUCUUUCAAUUAAUAAUCGUUUACCAAUAAAACUUAAAAGUCAUAUAUCAUCUUCGGAUAUAAAUAAUCUUAUUUUAUAUCCAUUUUUUGAUCUUUAUGGACAAAUAACUUCACUUUAUUUAUAUAAUUUUAGUACGUUAACUAAAAUGAAUUUUAAUACACCAUCAAAUGCUCGAACAUUAUGUUUAAUAUGUUGUGAAAAUUUAGCUGAUACACAAUUAUUACCAUGUCAAUGUAUAUUAUGCAAUCAAUGUGCAAAUGUUAUUAAACGACCAAGUUUACUUUCCGAUUGUCCAUUUGAUAGAAAACAUAUUACACAAAUUCAACCAUUAGUGUGA